CUAUUAAUAAUUAUUCUAUAAAUUGGUGCAACUAUUAACAACGUGGUAUAAACGAACAAUUCAUGAAACGACUUGCAAAAUGAAACACUAUUUCAUAGUUUUCUUCGUUGUAGCACUCCUUACUCACAAAUCGCUAUCUACAGAUGAAACGUAUUACUGGAAGGACUACGAUGGAACUAUACCCGAUGACGCCCUAGAAGGAGGGUACGACAUCCAUAGCAACAGCAUUUUCAUCGGAAAAGCACAAGUAGGCGAAGACCAUAUAGUGGUACCAAUCUAUCCCAACAUCUCCGAUGUUCAGACGUUCUCAGACGGAAAAGUUGAGAAAAUCAACUCCGGCAUUAAAAUUCUCUGCGGUUCGGAACAACCCGUUGACUGGAUACGAGCCAGCGCGGAAAACUUCCAUGUGGUACUAAUAGGAAAAAAUCCAGUGCAGGGUGGAGAAUUGAAGAACAAGGGGCAUUUACACGUAGGACGAAUUUUCUACGAAAAUGAAAUUAAAAUAGGUCCGAUAUUGUCUUAUGAUUUGGACAAAGCGUGUUUGCAUUUCGUGCAUAAACAUUUGGUGCUGAGUACCGAUAAGUACGAGGUACUGGUGUACGAUUCUCCGAGGGAGCGUCCGAGGAGGCCUUGGAACCGUCGAGGACCCGGCAGACGAUUUCACUAAACUGUUUUAUUAUUAUUAAUAAAAAGUUAAUUGCCGGUCGUAAA